UCCCAGUCUUGCCAGCCACCCGCUGGGGUCACCUGCUACGGAGAGGGCGCCCUGCCAGGAUGAGGACGGCCAUGAAGUUACUGGUGGGGGUCGCACUGGUCUUACUGGGAGCCUCCACCGCCUCCCCUCCCGGCGGCCACCGUUUCCUUGCCACCCUCAACCCCGACAGCGGCCGGACCCAGCCGCGUUUCCACCACCUCGUCCCCAACAGCACCCACAACCUCCGGAGCACCCACAACUUCGGCGCCAGGCGGGUGCCGUCCUCCCAGCUCAAAGCCGCCACCGCCGAGCAGCAGCCGCCGCCGCCGCCGCCGCCGCUGCCGCGUUGGGGACGGCAGUUCGUGGUGGCCCCCUUGGGCGCAAACCAAAGCUGCGGUGACGUGGCAUACGUCCUCGCGGCCCGCAGCACCCGUCUCCGCUACGCCGCCGGCGCAAGCGCCUCUUGGGCCACCUUGCGAGCUGGCGACGUGUUGCCCAUCGCCCUGCGGCCGUCGCAAGCCGUGGCCGUGGUCGCCAGCUCCGCCGUGGCCGUCUACUACUUCCACGCCGGCACCGAGCCUUUCGUGGCGGCCGUGGCACCCUUGGGCGAGUUUUGCGGCUCCUACCGCCUGCACGCCCCGCCUGGGGCCACCGUCGUGCUGGUGGCAGCGGGUGGCGGGGCGGAGGUCAUGGUGGACGGGCGACCGCUGGAUGCCGAUGGCUGGCGGCGGGUGCCCGGCGGGGAUUUUUGGUGGCGGGAGGUGGCAUUGGGUGACGCCGGCGGCAGCCACCAUUUGCAGCGACCCAACGGCACCUUCGGGGUGUUGAGUUACGGCGUCGGCUGGGACAAGGCGGGCUCCGGGAGCCAGGUGGUGUGCGAGUGCGCUCCUCUCUGCCCAGAAAACAGCCGCUACAACCCCUGCGGCUGCCCCCGCACCUGCGCCCACCCCGACGGCCCCGAAAACUGCUCCACACCCUGCCAGGAGACCUGCGAGUGCGACCCGGGCUUGGUGCUCCUCAACGGCAGCUGCGUGGCCGCGGCGGUGGCUUGUGCUUGCCACCAUGCCGGCCACCGUUACGCCCCCGGGCAGCGCUUCUGGGCAGGGGACAACUGCACCCGCAGCUGUAUCUGCGACCCCAGGGUGCAGCAGGUUCAGUGCAAGGAGGAUGGGUGCCGCCGGGGCGAGAGGUGCGCGGUGGAGAAGGGGGUCACCGGGUGCUACCCUGAGAGCUACCGGACCUGCAGCUCCGGGAGGGACCUGCAUUAUGUCACCUUCGACGGGCAGCGCUAUGAUUUUGCGGGCAUCUGCCUCUAUGGGUUCGCUGAGGCUUGCGGGGCCAGCGAGGGGCUGGUGGACUUCCAGGUGUUGGUGCAGAAGAAGGGGCAGGGGGCGCACGGCAUGUCCCUCGCCACCUCGGUCCAGGUCAUCGUCUACGGGCACAACAUCUCCCUCAGCCACGACUUCCCAGGGAGGGCCAUGGUUGAUGGUCUCUUGGUCAACCUACCCCACACCCUACCUGAGGGUAAGAUCUCCAUUGCCCGCCGGGGCUGGGGCACCUCCUUACGCACCGACUUCCACUUGACCGUCUCCUUUGACGGGCAGAGCUACUUGGCCGUCACCGUCCCCAGCACCUACGCUGGGGCUCUGUGCGGCCUCUGUGGCAACUUCGAUGGCGACCCCCACAACGACACCCCCAAGGUGGUGACAACGGCGGUGCCGGGCUGCAGCGAGCCAACACCACGCCAAUGCUCCAGCCGCGCCAUCAUCGGCCGCAAACAACGGGCCAACGGGGAGGAAUGUGGGCUCAUCCUGUUGCCCGAGGGGCCCUUCCGGUCUUGCCACCCCCGUGUUGACCCCGAGAGCUAUUUCCAGGCUUGCAUCAACGAUUACUGCAUCUUCCGAGGGCACAAGGCCAUCGUCUGCCAGGCGGUGAUGGGCUACGCUGCUGCCUGCCAGGAAGCCGGAGCUGUCCUCGAGCCCUGGCGCUCCAAGACCUUCUGCGCACUCACCUGCCCCCCGCACUCGCACUACGAGCUCAACGGCACGGCCUGUCCCGCCACCUGCAGCCACCCCGGCAGCCCGGAGACCUGCGACCUGCCGAGGACCGAGGGGUGUUUCUGCGACGAGGGCUUCCUCCUCAGCGGCCAGCAUUGUGUGCCACCACCCGACUGCGGUUGUCACCACCGGGGACAUUACUACCAGCGGGGAGAAGAGUUUUACCCCAGCGAUGGGUGCACCGAGCGCUGCCGUUGCGCCACGGGAGGGACGGUGACAUGUUGGGAGGCCCCGUGUCACCCGGAACAGGAGUGUCGGGUGGAAAGAGGGGUACGGGGUUGUUACGGUGGGCAACGUGGCCGUUGCGUCCUCUUGGGCGCCCGGCGCUUGGUCACCUUUGACGGGUUGAAUGUCACCCUCGGUGGCUCCUGCCGCUACGUCCUGGCCAAGGUCUGCCAAGGGGAUGGCGAGGAGUUGGAGGUGACGCUGGAGAAUGACGGAGGCGUCACCGUGGCGGUCGGGGGCUCCCGGGUCACCAUGCAGAGCGGGAGCAUGUGGACCGUUGACGUGGACGGGGAGACCCACACCCUACCACUAUCGCUGGGCGAUGGGAAGACCUGGGUGACCCAAGAGGGGAACAACAUCGUCCUUCAAAUGGCCCUGGGCCACCGGCUCGUCUACGCCGCCACCGCCGUCCUCUUGGUCACUGUCCCCAGCACCUACGCGGGGCGGAUGUGUGGCCUCUGUGGUGACUUUGACGGCAACGGUGACAAUGAUUUCAUGGGACCCAACGGCACCUGGGUCAACGGGACCCAGGAGUUGGUGGUGGCCUGGAAGGUGCUGGAUGAAUCCAUACCCUGCUCGGACAGCUGUGAAAAGUGUCCUGUCCACCCACCGGAUGCCACCAGGCCCUACCAGGGCGAGACCUCCUGUGGGAUGAUGGUGGUGACACCAGGGCCCUUCGGGCAGGUUGGCCCUGAGGACUUCUUUGACCACUGUCUCCAGGAGAUGGUCCUCACCGCUGGGGCCACGGACACUCUAUGCCGGAGUCUGCAAGCCUACACCGCAGCCUGCCAGGAGGUUGGAGCUCCGGUGAAGGUCUGGAGGACGGAGAGCUUCUGCCCCCUGCCCUGCGGCGAGCACAGCCUCUACGCCCUCUGCGCCCGCUCCUGCCAGGGCAGUUGCGCCCGUUUGGCCCAACCCCUGCCCUGCGCCGGCCCCUGCUUCGAGGGCUGUCGUUGCACCCGGGGCUUCUUCGCCGACGGCCCCCGCUGCCUCCUCCCCAGCACCUGCGGCUGCUUCCAGGAUGGACGAUACCUCCCGGUGUUGGAGGACGUCUUCAGGGGCAACUGCAGCCAGCGUUGCACCUGCUACCUGCACAGCACCCUGCUCUGCGAGGGCGCCCGCUGCUCGCCGGGGACGGGGUGUGGGGUGCGGGGUGGCCGGCGGGGCUGUCUGCCCCAGGGGGGGCCCUGAGG